ACUAUUGAAAUAUUCUGUGACAUUAUGUUUCCUAACCUGUUAUUCAAAAUGUUUAUAACAAAAGAAUGUUGAAUAUGCAGUUUGUUUGUUAAAUGAUGGUAAAUUAGUAAGUUUUAUACAAAGAUAUUGUUAAAUAAUGUCAUCAGAAAGUGAAGGCACAGACAAUGUAGAAGAAAGAGGUAUAAAGAGGAAAAGUACACCAUCUUCUUGGAAAAGAAAUAUAAGAAAAACUGCAAGAUGUAAAGGGGAGGAAUACCUAACCUCCAAAGGCAAUUUGAUUCCAGCCAGAACAACAGGACCUCCAUGCAGGUAGGUCUAUAACUACCAAUGUUAUCUAAAGCUUGUAUUUGUUAUAUACAUUACAAUAUUAGGCACUUACUUAUGUAUUUCUGAUAUCAAGAGAAUUAGUUUUAGUAGGCCUAAAUCUCUCAAUGCACUAUAUAUAUUUCCUUUAUUUUCCAACAAUCACAAAAAUAUUUAUCGUUUUGUUUUCAGAUGUCAGAGAAUGAAGUGUUUUGAGAAGAUCUCAGAUGAUGAAGCUAUUGAUGUGCUAAGACGUUUGCAUGAUUUGCCUACAAAAAAUCAACAAGACACAUUUAUUCAAUCUCUGAUUGAUAUACAUGAUGUUGAUCGCCGUCGACCUCGGAAGAAAGAGGGGGCAAGAAUUGUUGACAAAGUUUACAAAUACUAUGUUAUUAUAGGCCAUGUAAAGAGAGAGGUAUGUUACAAAGCUUUCUUAUCAUUGUUUGCUAUUACUGAUAAACGAGUGAAGAGGAUUAGAAAACUUGCUUUAUUGGGCAAAAGUCCCGUUGAUGAAAGAGGGAAAACAUCAAGUGCUAACACACUUCCACCUGAAGUUCGGGAAAAAAUCAGAAACCACAUUCUUAGCUUUCCAGUUAAAUGCACAAAAUACACUGGUAAAACAAAAUCAUAUCUCGAUGCCAGACUGUCUGUAAAGUCCAUGUAUAAUCUAUUCAAAGAUAAAAAUCCUGACAUUAACUGCAGUUAUCAGUUUUUCAUUAAGUUUUUCAAUGAAAACUUUUCUCUAUCAUUUGGCAGACCCCAGGUUGAUUGCUGCUGUACUUGUGAGGAGUUAAAACUUAAAAUUAAAAGCCCUCACAUAAAUGAAGCAGCCAAGAGGUGUGCGGCAGCGGAACUAAUGAUUCACAGAAGGAGGGCAAAGAAGUUUUAUAAUGAACUUAAAAAAGAACGAGACUGCAAAACUGAACCACACGUUCUGUCCAUCUGUAUGGAUUAUAUGCAAAAUAUUCAAUUGCCACGAAUCCCAGUUCAAGAGACUUUCUAUAUGAGGCAGUUAACAGUCAAUGUUUGCUGCAUACAUAACAUAAAGGAACAUAGUGCUAUGUUAUACCUUUAUCAUGAGGGUACUGCCAACAAAGGCCCAAAUGAAGUGUGCUCACUUUUAACGGAUUAUUUGAACACGGUUCCUCCAGAAAUUAAGGAGAUAAGGAUUUUCUCUGACAACUGUUCUGGCCAAAACAAAAACCACUCACUGGCACGUUUGUUAUUGGCUUUAACACAAACUGGUCGAUUUAAUAAAAUAGAACAGUUCUUCCCCAUCAGGGGUCAUUGUUUCUCCCCUGUGACCGAGAUUUUUCAAUGAUUAAAAGACAGCUGAGGAAACAUGACCGUUUAUAUUCCUUAAGAGAAAUCACUGAAUUAGUAAUCAAGAGCAGUAAUAAUAAUAAGUUUAUGGUGACACAUGUGAAAUCGGAACACAUAUUCGAUUACAAAAAUUGGUGGCCUCAAUAUUACAAAAAGUCUGUCGUUUCAGAAGAAACGCGCCCGAGAUCAGUUCCGAAAGAUGAUAAGCAACAGUUUGGCAUAAGUUCCUUCAUGCAUUUUUCUUUUAGUCAAGAAAUGCCUGGAACAAUUGUUGCACGAAAAUUUAUCAAUGGUAUGGUACUACAUACUUUUUGUUUGCGGCAAGCAAUGACGAACCCCGAAUUUCCACCAUGCAUUGCUUAUCCAGAAGGGAAGGUCCCCAUUAAAAAAAAGAAACUAGAUGACAUACGAAAACUUCUGCCCUAUAUUCCCGAGGAGCAUAAACAAUUUUACAUUGAUAUUUCUAACUGGCCAACAGCUGAAAACAUUGAUUUGGAAGUACAAGAUGAUUAACUGGAGAACAUUGAUUUGUAGGUACAAGAUGAUUAACUAACUGUAUAUAAUUUAAUUUUUGACAUACUGUA